CCUUUAUUUUCACCAACCUCACCUUCAAUAUGGAAGCUACACCGCCGCCAGUGCUUCGUGAGUUGGCAAACCUCAGCUCACACUACAACAAGACCAUUUGGAUGUGUAUUGAAGACGCUUGCCUGGAUCCAUCCGAUGCUGAGGCAGUUCCAUCUCGAAUGUACCAGUUGAUCAAGCCUCACGCUCAAUUGACUCCCCCAAAUCGAGACCUACACCUCCGUCAUACGUAAUAUAAAAUAGACCCCAGAGAGUACGAACGACGUCCAUACCUCGAAACUGAACAAGAAUACAAGGACAGAUUAGUGUGUGUCUGAAAGAGUCCCCGAGCACGAGUGCAACGUCUGAUGCCGAAUGGAUCUGGAGAGCACAAGUUGUAAUCAAGGCACUUGAUGUCCAAGGGGGGUUAUUCAGUUCCCAAAACAGGCUUGACAUCAUUCCACCCAAGGAUGUUCUAUGAAUAUGGCUGGAUCUGCCUCAAAGGAGGACAAGGCGUGCCGGCCUGGAGAAACCCUCAGCCGCCUAUGCCCCGUCACCUGGACUGCCUGUGGUGUAUCGAGGACGGUUUUUCUGUCACGUCUUGAAUAAGACAGAGAGAAUGGCAGUGGAGAAGUGGCAUCAGGGCGAUUUACCAGAGACUCUUUCCGGAAAGUUGACUCUCGAUGAUAUCUGGCGGGAUAACAGCGACGCAGUCACACUGGAGAUAGCAACCAAGGGCGAAAAGGCAAAGAGAGGAAGGAAGGACAAAAAUGCAAAGAGGCAAGGGCGGAAUUUGGAAAGGCAAAGAAAGGCAAAGGAGCAGAAAGGCAAACAGGUGCAAAAGGACAAUGAUAUAGGGCUACAGUGCACAGGACGGUUGACAGUCCGACGGUCUCAUCUGCGCUCGUCCUUUUGGGAUCUCCAGCACGGGAUACCUGUCGUCUGUAAAGUAUGAAACUGAUUGGCUCUUUCGGUCAGUACUAUGUUGUCUCGAUGCGCAGGAUCAGAAGACUUUGGUGAGUCGCGCUUUAAACAACGCACUUGUUUGGG